GCAGUAUAAAGGUUCGCAGAAAGGAUCAGAAAUAUUUGGUGCGAAGCCGAAAGUGUUCUUUUCGCCUUCCUUAUUGGUAUUGUUUCCCACCCUUACGUAUUAUUUUGUUGCAGAACGAAACAAUGCUAUGGAAGGUAGUCCUCAUCGUCAAUUUCGUGAGUCUACUCCCAGAUGCCGCCGGCAUGGGAAGGAGCAGGAGACGCGAAAGAAAGAGCAGGGAAAUAACGACGUUCUCUGUUGGGGAGAAAUGCCCCUUCCCAUGUUCCUGUCCGGUGACAGACAGAGAUUGUACAGAUUGUGGGGAAUGUCCUAGACAAGCUGGAGAGCCUUGCAGCGAAGAUGAACCAUGCGAUGCAAGAAAAUCUUUAGUUUGUAAAUAUCUCCAUGGAGAUUCCGAUGGGAUAUGUAGAGAGACGACUGGAGUUCCAUGUGUCGUUUACAACAAAACAUACGACCACGGAGAAACAUUCGACCUAGAUUGUAGGACCAGAUGUGUUUGCCAGAAUGGCACGUACGGGUGCUCGUCCCUUUGCCCACAGGAGCAUAUUUCCCCUAAAGGUUCUUGCCAGCAUCCUAGACUUGUCGAGUUGCCAGGGCAGUGCUGCAGGGAAUGGAUGUGCGAUAGUCAGAAAGCAGAGCAGCCAUCUUCCUGUAGACCGUUCUUCACGUCAUGGAGUGAGUGCAGUAGUAGUUGUGGUGCAGGUUUAUCUACUCGAAGGUCUAACAUAAACCCUAGAUGCUCACCCGAACUGGAGACAAGGCUGUGUCAAGUGCGAAGAUGUCAAGAUCCGCCAAUGAUACUGAAGCAGAAAAGACAACAUCAUCUAAGAAGGGGACAUGAAUGCAAAGCAACACACCGGUUGAGUACAUCAGUUUUCAUCCGAUUCGGCCCAUGCAGAAGCAAGAAGAAGUUUCGUCCGAAAUUCUGUGGCAGCUGCCCCACCCCAAACACCACGUGUAAACCCAGCCUGAGCACCACAGUUAAGGUAGAAUUCAUGUGCGAUGGUAUUCCCCCAUCUGAAGACAUCAGUGAAUAUCUGCCUGAGUAUCUGGAAGCUGAAGAAGAUCUAUGGUCAGAAGAUGGGUUCGCUGGAACAAAUGAGCUGAAGAAGUUGACUGUUUUAUUUCAGUGGGUGUUGAAAUGUAGUUGCGAGACCGAGACCCUAAUUCCAACUUUGACCACUGGAGAAGUUAUCUUACACAGGGUGCACAGGACAGCCGCGCCUUAAAUAUCGAAGAAUAUUCAUAUCAGAAUGAUGAAAUGUAGAAUCUGAGAUGUUCAAGCGAUCGAUUCUGAAACUAGGGUUGAUUGACAUUUUUUUUUGUGUGAAUAUUGUGCCUUCAUAUCCAAAUAUGAAUUAUUCUGGUUCUGAAAAGAAUUUAUUAUAGUAUUGGUAUAUUUUGUAUAGGUGAAA